AUGCUCUCUGAUCUUCCCUCGGAAAUCAUUCUCCAUAUUGCAUUACAUCUUCCGACUGCCAGCUCAUUGACACAUUUGGCACAAUCCUGCCAUCGAUUAUAUAAAAUUGUCUCGGCCGAAGAAGCAGCCUUCUUUCGAGCAUUCGUGCAGAAAAAGUUCCCAUCGACGAACACUUCACCGUUCUGGAAAGAUGCAGCGUGUGCUCUCACAUCUCGCUCGCGAGCCCUGGACAGACUGGGCAUUAUUGGCCGAUUCGUCCUGCCGGCUGAGAACAUGACCCGGAUCGGCUAUCAUGAAGAAACGCGACAUGAUAACCCCACUCUUGGAUUCCGACCUCCCAUUGACUCUUACGAGAGCUGGAAUGGCGAGUCCUGGGCGGAAAGGAAAGAAGUCCUCGCCUGGGGCGCUGGCCAUCGGCUGCUAAUGCGCACCAGGCAGUCUGGAAACAGACCACGGGAAAAUUGGAUUGUCUUCAAUGACAAGCACCAUGUCAGCAGUUAUGAUGAUAUCUGCGGCCUGCAUCUUCUUGGGCCAGAAUCUGGUGGCAAAAACGCCGAUAUAGAGCACCUGAUUCUUGGUCGCAUUCGCGGCGAUAUUAUUCGCCUGGCUCUCUCCGCCAGUGACACGUCCUAUGAGAAAAAGCAGAACUUCAUGACAAAUGGACUGAACCUCGACCGAACGGAUCUAAGUGAUGGUCCAGAGCCUAUUCUCUCAGGUCAUUUUGAUAAUGGGUCUAUCGCAUUGUACCAUACAAUUACCGAUCGAGAGGAGGUUGAGCCGUUUGCGUGGAUUGAACCAACUACUUUGUCACGAAGUCGAUAUUCAAAACUGCUGUCAUCAUCACGAAUUGCCGUGGCCACGGGGAGAACGCAGGACACCCUGUCAAUUUCAACCGUCUCUCCAGAUGGCAUAUCCCCCGUCCGACAGAUAGGCGUGGAUUCACUGGACAUUGAAAACCAAGUUGGUCAUCCAGCGCAUAGUACUGUGUCUGCCAUUGCACCUCUCAAUUCCCACCGACUCGCCGGUGACCCAGGCAAUGUGUUCCUCUCAGCUUGGGGCGAUCGAACCGUCAGACUUCACGAUGUUCGCUCUCCGCACUCUUAUGAAACAACCUACAUCGACACCACGGACCCAAACCUCACAUACUGUGUACAUCCACUUGCCAAUGACAGGUUUCUCGCCGGUUCUGGCGGCGAUGCUUUAGUCAAAAUAUUUGACCUUCGCAUGGAAAAAACAUACGACUAUCUCGACGCUCAAACUCCGCACACAUCAUCUCAAAGAGCCAGUGGCCCUCGCAAAGAUUUUUCAAUCUUCCUUUCCUCGCCACCACCACCACUGUUCCCACAACAGAAUUCUCGUAAUCGCAGAAGAGGCGCAUACCGUGGCCCGAUUUACACCAUGUCUAUACCGUCUGUAUCUUCGCAAACAGUGUACACUGGCAUCGUGGACGGCGUCGUGCGUCUAGACUUUGCAUCAAUGGACGACUUAGCGGGGCCAGCAAAGGAGUGCGCCCGAUCAGGGGGAGUGCUCAGGCUAGCCGGGUUUGAGCGCCCAGAUCCAGAAGAUCUGACUACUACAUCCAAGUUAAGAACGCAGAGUGAGGGGUUGAGUCUCAACGCCGAAGUCAAUCUGAAGAUGGAUGAUACGGGUUGGGAUUGGCGAUGGCAGCCGCUUAGUGAACCCGGUGCUUGGAGACGGAGAGAUGGACAAGUACUCGGUGAUUAA